UUGAUGUCAACACAUGUGCUAUACAUGUGAUACAACUUAAUAACAAUGACUGACAAAGUGUUUGAUUCAUUGACAGAGUUGUGUGACUCCGAUGACCAACAAUUGGUCCGACAAUUGGAGUCAUUGUGUAUGAACUGCGGUGACAAUGGAGUGACGCGAAUGCUUCUGACAGAGAUUCCAUUCUUCAGACAAGUGGUGGUCAUAUCCUUUGAGUGUCCGCACUGUCACUACAGCAACAAUGAAUUACAACCCGUUCAAGAUAUCGGUGAUCGAGGCAUCAGAUUUGAGAUCAAAUGCCACACUUCACAGGAUUUGAUGAGACGUAUAGUGAAGACAGAAUGGGCUGAGAUUCAGAUCCCAGAGGUUGAGUUUGAAGUGAAGAAACAGACAGGACUUAUCACUACCAUUGAGGGUAUCAUUGAAAGAGCCAUCGAUGGACUAACACUUAACAUACAACAGACCAAUGAUGACGAUUCUUCACGACAAAAAUUGUGUGAUUUUGUUGUUCAAUUGAAUCAAUUAAAAGACGGCACUAAACCUUUUACUUUUAUAAUGAAUGACAUCAGUGGUAACAGUUUUAUUGAAAGUUUUUGUUCUCCAGAACUUGAUCCACAAGUUUCUAGUAAUCGAUUUAUUCGGGGUAUAGAAGAAGAUAAAAUUUUAGGCAUUUAUUCGGCAGAUAACGAUGUAAAGGACGAGCCUAACAAUGAGCUUAAGAAUGAAGUGCUUCAGUUUGCCACCAAUUGUCCCAAUUGUUCGGUACCGGUAUUCACUAACAUGAAAGUGCAACAAAUUCCACAUUUUAAAGAAGUUAUAAUUAUGGCCACCAAUUGUGACUCUUGUGGACAUAAGACUAGUGAAGUCAAAUCUGGCGCUGGAAUUGGGGAGAAAGGCAUUAGAAUUACUCUUAAAGUUAAGGAUGAAAAUGACCUCAAGAAAGAAGUGGUUAUUUCGGACACGUGUGCCAUAGAGAUCCCCGAAUUGGACGUUAAACUAUCAAUGACUGGUUCGGGAAAAUAUACUACUGUUGAAGGUAUCGCCCAAAGCAUGGAAAAUGAUUUGAAAAAGUCGAACCCAUUUAUUACCGGAGACUCUCAUAUUGAAUCCAUUAAGAAAAAGAUAGAAUUGUUUUGUCAAAAGUUAUCUAAUUUGUUGGAAAAGACUAUCAUUUUGGACGACCCGUGCGGUAAUAGUUUCAUCACUAAUGCCGACGAUGUGGUUACAUAUGAGCGAACAUUUGAACAAAACGAAGAAUUGGGAUUAAAUGACAUUAAAACUGAAAAUUAUAUUUAAAAUUAAAAAACUAUUUUUAUCGAUCUAUUAUAUGUAUUAUAAUAA